AUGCCACAUGGAGUACAUAAGUCAAAGAGACCAAGUGGACACCAGCAAAGGAAAGCAAAGGAGGCAAAAAUUAAAUCGAUAAAAACACUUGCUGGAUCCAUGCUUCAGUAUGUGAAAAGACCAGAAGAUGGGCAGGGUUCAUCAAAAGACCCUGCUUGUCAGUCUCCACUUCAUGAAGCUGAUUCUUCUGAUGCUUUUGCUAGCAUGCAUUCUGCAGAAGAGCAAGAAGUGGAAAUGACAGAAUCUGAUGCAGAAGUGCAAGAAAUGGAAAUGGCAGAAUCUGAAGCAGAAGAGAGUUCUGAGAGUGACUCUAGCCACAGUCAUUAUACUGGAAAGGAGAUGAGUACUAUUCAGGAGAAAGAUUUCCAAAUGUUAUCUGAUGUUUCUUUUUGGGAGAUGCCAGUUCAAGAUCAUGUUCGGGUUGAAAUAAUCAAACAGGGAAGUGCUUCUUUCCAGAACAAGGAGGGCCCUUUCAGUGUUGCAAAAAGGCAAGAUGCAAAAGCUACAACAAAGGGACAUGUGCGGCAACUUUCAAAAGAGUGGUUUUACAAGGUGAUGCCAAAUGGUGAAAAAAUUCUGCGGUCAUGGAUGGUUUACUCACCUGUCAUUGAGAAUUUAUAUUGUUUUUGCUGCCGACUGUUUGCCAUUUGUACUCUAGAUACAACAUCCAAAUUUGUAUCUGGGUUUCAGAAAUGGUGGAAGCUAAGCCCGAAAGUACAUAACCAUGAGACAUCCGAAGAACACCUAAACUGCCUUGAAAAAUGGAAAACCUUGGCAGCAGGACUUAGGCUGCACCAAACCAUUGAUGCUGGAGUUAUUACUGUGAUGGAGAUUGAGAAGAAAAAGUGGCGGGAUAUCUUACACAGAUUGCUUGACAUCACACUGUUUCUUGCCAAGCAGAACCUAGCAUUCCGUAGCCACAAGGAAGAUGAGUGCUCAUUCAAUAAAGGGAACUUUCUUGAGAUGGUUGAAAUGCUUUCCAAAUAUGAUUCAGUACUGAAAGAACACCUAAUUAGAUUGAAGCGGAGCACCAGUAAACUUAAAGUAUCGGUCUCAUAUCUUUCUCCACAAACUCAGAAUGAGUUUAUAAGAGUCCUGGCAAAUCACAUGAAGGAGAAGAUUGUCAUGGACAUAAAGUCUGCAAAGUACUUUGGAAUCAUGUUUGACAGCACACCUGACAUAUCACAUACUGACCAGAUGUCCGAAGUGAUCAGAUACGUGAACAUCAAGAAUAGGAAAGUGGAAGUAAAAGAAGCUUUUCUAGGAUUUUUCCCUUUAAAGGGGAAAAAAGCUUCUGAUCUCAGUUUGGAUAUCCUUAAAAAAUUAGAGAGUGAUGGACUGGACAUAAUGAUGUGUCGUGCUCAGGGUUAUGAUAACGCUGCUACUAUGGCUGGAAUUCAUGGAGGUGUACAAUCCAUAAUUAGGGAAAAAAACAAGAAAGCUAUUUUUAAUGGCUGUGUAGACCAUUCACUUAACUUGUGCGGUCAGCACUCUUUUGCUGAGAAUGCUUCAUGUGUGACAUUUUUUGGAACACUUCAGUCAAUGUUUUCUUUUUUUGCUGCUUCCACCCAUCGAUGGGAUGUGUUAAUUCACCAUACUGGAGUGUCAGUGAAAAGAUUAUCAACAACACGCUGGAGUGCUCAUCAUGCUGCAGUUAAGCCAGUCAAAGAAAAGUUUGAUUUGUUUGUGUCUGCGAUCGAAGCACUUUGUGAUACUUGUGAAAAUUUGGACACAAGAGGAGCAGCAGAAUGUCUACUGCCUGCUGUCUGUGAUUUUACAUUUUUGUGCUACCUAUACUUCUGGGGUCAUGUACUUCAAGAAGUUGAUGUUACACAACAGUACCUGCAGACCAAAGGCUUAAGUCUGGACAAGGUGGUGACAAAGCUAGAGUCACUAAGAAUUUUUCUGUUUGAAGAGCGCAGUCACCUAGUGGAACAUGCAAUUGAACAGGCACAUUUAAAAUGUAAAGAUCAUGGAAUUUCUGUAGAGAGAAGAGCCAGGUUUAAGAAGAGGAUGGCAGGGGAACAGGCACGUGAUGCUGGAGGCAUAAGUCUACAAGACGAGAACAAGAGGGCAAUGCUUGAGUGCAUUGAUCGCUUCCAUUCUGAACUCCAGAUCAGAUUAAGAGCCAUCAUGGAAGUUGCAGCCAUGUUUGAGGCUGUUCAAGCAAAGAGUCUCAUACUUGAAACUGAAGAAAAAUUAAAGGUGUCCAUUCCAAAACUGACCACUUUUUAUGACGAAAUAUCUGAGAGUGAGCUGUUAUCAGAAAUACCCAGACUGAGGAGACAUCUCAAAGCAGCCAAGAUCAACCUAGAAGAAGUCAAAGAUUGGUCAGCUUUACAAGUUUUGACCUUCAUAGCAGAAUGGGACUUUACUGAAUCUCUUCCAACCCUUUCACUAUGUCUAAAAAUAUUUCUGACAAUCUGUGUGUCUGUGGCUUCGUGUGAGAGGAGCUUUUCAAAGUUGAAGCUGAUAAAGAACUAUUUGCGUUCAACGAUGGGACAGGCAAGGCUUUCUGAUCUUGCAAUGUUAUCAGUUGAAAGUGAACUAGCGAAAUGUAUAGAUUUUGAUGAAGUCGUUCACAAUUUUGCAGCUGUCAAAGCUAGAAAAGCAAAGUUUUGA